AUGGUAUUAAAGAAGCUUUACCUGGCUCUUUUUCUAAUAAGUUUAGCCGUGUUAAGUUCCGUAAUAGCCACGGAUCUACACACAAUAGAAGGCGGGCUAGUCGCCAACGACAUUUUGAAAGAUGUGUCAAGUCUAGAAUCCAACACUAAAAUACUAAUAAAUGGGGGACAAUACUCGGCCCUAGUCCGCAAGGAUGGAAAAUUCACAAUUCAGAAUGUCCCCCCAGGUUCUUAUCUACUGGAAGUAUCUUCGCGAAGAUAUCUGUAUCCAAGGCUAAGAGUGAAUGUGGAUGCUUCGGGGGUCGAGGCAUUUAUCACAAUAUUGGGUGCCGAUUGGCCUGAUACAGUCAACAAAAACGUUCAACAUUCUAACGUCAAUGCACCCAAAACUGCGAAUGCAUUGCCUUAUCCACUCGAAUUGAAAGCAAGGGCUAUGGCGGAUUACUUUGUGCCUCGGGAGAGCUUUAGUAUUGCUAGCGUGUUUGCAAACCCACUAAUUAUCAUGAUGGGAGUUAGUGUAGUGUUGUUGCUAGUUAUGCCAAAGAUGAUGGAAGGACUCGACCCGGAAGCUCUAAAGGAAUUACAGGAAAAUCAACCACAAAAUUCACUUGAAAUGCCGGAUAUCUCUGGUGCAUUGGCUAACUUCAUGACGGGAAAGAGUGACGCGAAGACUAAGAAGAACUAA